GGUUUAUGUUAUACCUUUUCUAUCCGGAUCGAUCCAGCAUCUGCCUCUGUAAGUUUUUCGUAUCAACAUCAAGCUGUCGAUCUCGAUUCUUGUUCGAAAAGUAUUUUUUUGAGUAAUUGAAAUUAAUUGUGGUCUCGUCCCAGCAAGUUCUCUCCUGGUCAUGUCCUUAUUUGAUCGGUGGGUAGAGCAGCGCGCGGCACGCUGCGUCGCGGACCUCAGAGCAACGAAAGCGCAGCUCCAAGACCAGCUGGCUGCUACGAGGAUCGCGAACACCGGAAACCGAGGGCCCCCGUUUGCUCGUCACGGGGAGACGCUUCGCCAGUUAUCUGGCAUCAGCAAGAAACUUGCGCAAGUGGAGGCCGAUCUUCAGAGCCAUACGGUAUUGAAGGCCGCAGCUGACCGGGGCGCGUCUGCAAUUUCCGAAGAGAAGGCUGCAGACUUAAGUCGCGGCGAUUUCUUCAAAAGAAAUUGGAAAAUUGUCGGCGUAUCGUGGGUAGAAGCAGUGCCGACAUCAGCAAGCGGCAAGGUGGCGAGUGCCUAUAUUCUGGAAGCGUGGGGGCGAGACAACACGAAUAACCAACUCCGUGAGCAGGCUCUUCCUGUGGGUGCUGGCUGGAGUAAGAGCAGAGGAUGGGACGCGCUAAGCAAGAGCCUCCGACAGGACCAAAUCCUAGAGAUGUGGAUCGCUGCAGUGCCCGCGCUUUGCACGCGGACAAUGGCAGCAGAGCUUUUCGUAGCAAUAAGCUCGUUCCUGAGCGAUCCUGUUGAGGAUGUGCUCCUGAACGCAGAGAGCUAUUGCCGCCGUGCCCGAUCGGCGCGAGCGCAACAGCUGCGACCGCAAAUGCAAUACCUCCUGCAAAUGUGCGAAGAAGAGGCCGCGGAAGGUACAUAGAUACUGGCGCCGUGGUGUGUCUGCUGUGCCAAUAAUUUCAGGCCGGGCGCCUGUGGUUUGCAGGUCACCGGCGCGUUUUUUUAGUUUUGUUCUGUUUCGGGAUGUUUUUUUAUUUUCUUUUACUUGCCCACCUUAAGAAAAAGAAACGCGCACGAACGCAACUCGUUCCGUUUUUCUCAAUUGCCAGGGGCUUCGUCGCUGGUUGGACAGGCCGAAUCUAGAAUCUUGUUUCUCGAUCGCGGACGCAAUAUCAAACCUACAGUAGCCUUUUCGGGUUAUUAUGGAACGGGCCGCCUUGCCGACGCGGACCAAAGUGCAUUGGUUCAAGAGGUUGAAGAGUGGGACGUUGGCGCCACAAAUAACAUAGUGUGUUCGCUUCGAUGGAGACAACUGCAGGAACAAGAAAAAGAACAGCGCAAGCCCGUACGCUGCGGUGGGUUGACAGGACUCAAAUUCCACGAGAAUCUCAUCCACGAAGUCAUGCGGAAUUUUUUUGAAGCGGAGAAUGGUAUCAAAUUCGAAUGCGACAAGAACCACUUGUUUCAAACUUACGAUAGGCAUCCCUUUUCGCUUUCGUGGAAGUGAGGCAUUUACGAUUUCCUUUCGCGAGAAAUACGAAGGAAUGCAGUACUUUUGACAUUUUUUCAAAGUUGCAAAUCAAUGUGCGAUGAUGAACA